AUGUCUCUGGACCCAGUUGCGCAGUUUCUUUACCCAAAUGAUGCUCCGGUGACCCAUAAGCCUGUGUGUGUGGGAGCUGAUGGCAAUUGCUUUUUUCGGGCUGUUGCAAUGUCCUUGACAGGAAAGGAAGAAAAUCACAAGCAACUCCGUCAGCAAGGUGCAGAACAGCUCUGCAACAAGCCACAGGCAAUUGCAGCUGCUUUGAUUGAAAAAUCUUCGUCUUGUCCAGGUGUGAAUCCUUCUUCACUCAUUGCCACGUUUCUUUCUGAUGAGAGUUACAGCGUGUUCAAAGCCGCAAAGGAAGUGGGAAAGGGCACUGAGGACAGUCUAGCUUUAGCUGUGGUGAAGGAGGGCAAUGAGACAAAGAAAUUUGGAAGUUGGUGUGGGAUGGUGCAAGUCUAUGGUGCAGCUGCAGCAAUUGGUUGUUCCAUCAACAUGCACUACCCUGAGGUUAUCCAACGUAUCCGCCCCUUUAUGAAUACCAUUGUACAACCUUUGGAAUCUGCAACAAGUCAAAAUAAUGAUAUUCAUAUCAUGUGGUCUAGCACAACUCAGCCAGCAACUCUUAAGGGAAAUGUUCAACUCAAUCACUUUGUGCCUUUGCUACCCAGAUCAGCCACUAAUCUCAGUUACCAUGCCGAAAGUGACAUUCCUGCCUCUGAUUGCUGUGAUGAGUCUGACUCUGACAAACUUGAAUCUACCUUUGGCUUCAGUGAUGAUGAGAAUGCCAGUGAAUUUGUUGUAAUGAAAACCCUUAGAAAAUCAAGAAAGUCAAAGAGAAUUGAACCAAAGUCAUGGUCAUUGUCUGGAUUCCAACCUAAGAGCCCAAGGGUUUGUGCAAUACCUUCGAACAUGGAUAUUACAGUAGAAACUAUGCAUGAAGAUUCUGGCAUACCUGUUGACUCACACCACACUGCAGCCCAAGAAAGUCAAAAUGGUGACAAACCGGCAUAUGGCAAUGCUUCUCGCACAACUCAACGUGCUAUGGCUGUCACUGCUACUAAGCCAAAGGGUUCUGAAAGCAAGUCUUCCAAGAUCAAGCAAACUCUUGAUUCCUGGUUAUUAAGUAACAAGAACAAACAUGUACAGAAAGACCAAAGGGAGAUUACAAAUAGUCAUCCGAUUACAACCAUUCCAGAGCUUGCAAAAACACCAGUACGUCAAAAUGUGUCAUCAACCACAUGCAGACGUCAUAUAUCAAAAGAAACAUUUAUGGGGUGGAAAAGAAGCCAUGAAGCUGAUUAUCAAACUAUGUCAUGGCUUAAAUGUGAAGUGAUGAAAGAUAAUCCUUCAAUGGUUGAUAUUUUGUGGUGUGAGGUGUGUCGAACAUACCAAUCUAAGGUAUGUGGCACUAAGCAUUUCUCCAGAACGUGGAUUGAUGGGUCAAGAAAUCACAGAACCAACAAUGUCAUUGAUCAUGCUGGGAGUGCUCAGCAUCAAGCUGCAAUGUCCUACAAGCGAAAAGAAACAGCAAGAGAGAGGAGAGAGCCAGUGACGGAUUACAGUGAGAUUGCCAGAAGUUUUAAGAUGAAGCCGGAGACCAAAGCAAGGAUGAUGAAGAAAUUUGAAAUAUGUUAUUUUCUGGCAAAAGAAAACUUUCCAUUCGUAAAAUAUCCAUCUAUCUGUGCUCUUGAAAAACGACAUGGUGUUGAGCUGGGAGAGGCAUAUUCAACUGAUGUAGCAGCUAGUCACUUUGUGCAUUAUAUUGCUGAAAGUCAGCGACAGCAUUUCAAACAAACAGUGGCAGCACCUUUCUUCAGCAUCUUGAUGGAUAGUUCAGCUGACAAAGGAAAAGUGGAGAAUGAGUUGUUUGCAAUCAUCUAUUCUGAGAGUGAUCACACCUCUGAAAAGCUAAUAACUCGAAGUCAAUACUUCAAAGUACUGGAACCGUCUAAGGCUGAUUCUGCUGGACUCUUCGAUUGCCUACAAGAAGCUCUGAAAGAUAUGGGUAUAAGAGAUUUGAUGAAUCCAGAAAAUGUGCUGCAAGUCAAAAAUUUGCCAAUUCUUGUUGGUGUGGGAACUGAUGGUGCUGCUGUAAACAUCUCAAGAGAUACGUGGACUAAAAGCAAAAGUUCAGAAUGUUCUGCCAUGGAUUUUCUGGACGUGGUGUUUUGCCCAUCGACUAGAACUGGCAAGCAGAGACGCUCUCUCCAAUCCAGUAUUUAA